UUCACAGGAAGCAGAGGCAGCAGUGGUCGUGUGUUGCCUUGUAAAUAACCAUUACUCUUAUUCUCGUUUACACAAAAAACCUACAUCACGACACAAAACGUCGUCCAUUAAACACUACUUCCCUUCUUCCUUGGUAACUCUGUCCGUUCAAACAAAUUGCGACCCCUUUUACGACAGGGUCGCGAUGCUUUGAUGGCCGAGAGCUCUGUGGAAGGGGAACAAGGGGGGACAGUUUUUCGUUCAAAAAGCAAACUUCCAGCAAAGAGAAAGUCACAGACUAAUUUAAGUGGUGAAUACAAAGUGGAGGAAAAGAAAUCCAAAAAAUCCUCUCCCAGCACUGCUGGUUCACAAAGCAUCACAUCAUCAUCUUCGCACUACAAUUUGAGGCCAAGAGUUUGUUUAUCAUCAAGCACUACUUCAGUUACAACCACCCAGAGUUCUUCUAGAAUCCAAAGCACAAAGACAUUAGCUGCAAAGAAAUCAUCUUCUAGCCCUUCGCUAGGUGCAAGAGGAACAGAGAAAGGCACUGAAAAGUCAGCAAGACAGUUGAAAAAGACACAACGGGAAGCGCCAAAACUAACUAGUUAUUCAUCUUCACCAGUGGCAGCAGCAUCCGCAUUGCCAUUUUAUAACUUAACGUCAACAUCAUCAGAUACAACAGUUACUUUCAAAUCCAAAGUUCCCAAGACAGAUUCCUCUCAUAAGUCUGCAUCUGAUUCAAGACUUUCAAGCAAGCUUAAUUUCCUGAGAGCUUCACUCACUUCAGGAGCUCACCGAGGCAAAGAUCUGGGUAAUCACUCUACUUCCGAGGGCUCUAGGGGCUCUCAAUCAUCUGCACAAAGUCAUAGAGGUGACCCGCCUAAGCCAGAAGGCUCAAGGCGGUCACAAAGAACUACCGAAGCUACGGGUUCCUGUGCUAGCAACAGUCGGCGUGGCUCACAGACGAAGAAGAGGACCUGGACCCGCCGACAGCAGCCUAGCAUGUCAACAGAAGAUGGGUUGUCAGAACAAGGAGCAUCAGCAGGUCAACCACGCCUUAAUGAAGCAGGCCAGUCAUCCAGUAGUGUAGCAGAAAGAAAUGAUGGAAGUGCCAAUUCUCAUUCAGAUGAUAAUGAAUUGAAAGAUAGUGACAUGUCCAGACUACAAAGUCUGUUAGAGGCACGUGGAGUACCACCACACCUGUUUGGUUCUCUUGGACCAAGGAUGCAUCAACUGCUACACAGAGCCAGCAGUAACAGUUCUAAUAGUAAAGCACAGCAACUACUUCAAGGAAUCCAAUCAUCAGAUGAAGGACAGCAGUUGCAAGCAGUGAUAGAGAUGUGUCAGUUACUUGUGAUGGGUAAUGAGGAGAGUCUUGCUGGGUUUCCCGUCAAGCAAGCUGUGCCAGCACUGAUUAAUUUACUCAACAAGGAACAAAAAUUUGAAUUGGUAAAUCAUGCCUGUCGUGCACUGACUUAUCUUAUGGAGAGUCUACCAAGGUCUACAAUGGUUGUUGUAGAAGCAAUACCAGCUUUCUUGGAAAAGCUUCAAUCAAUAGAGUGUAUGGAUGUAGCAGAACAGUCUCUAACAGCACUGGAUAUGCUUUCUAAAAGACAUGGAAAAGCUAUUCUACAAGCUGGUGGUAUGUCAACCUGUCUUCUUUUUCUGGACUUUUUCUCAAUAAGUGCACAGAGGUCAGCUCUGGCGAUUGCUUCCAACUGCUGUGCUAGUGUUGGUCCAGAUGACUUUCAUUAUAUUGCUAAUGCUAUUGAAAUCCUAAGCACAAGACUACAGAUACAGGAUAAGAAGAGUGUAGAAAGUUGCUGUCUUGCAUUCUCUAGACUAGUGGAUAGCUUCCAGAAUGAUAAGAAACACUUAAAAGAUCUUUCAGCUCAUGGUUUACUGAACAACAUACAACAGUUGUUGAUAGUAUUCCCACCCAUUAUAAGUACUGGUACGUUCGUAAUGGUUUUAAGGAUGCUAUCAUUACUCUGUUCCAACUGCCCAGACCUUGCGGUUGAUCUUAUUAAGAACAAUAUUGUGGAGACUUUACAGUUUCUGUUGUUUGGUAGUGUUGACCAAGACAUAGAGGAUAAUGUUGAACUCAUCACUAGAAGUCCACAGGAAUUCUUUGAAUUAACCUGCUCCAUAAGUGAGCUGUUUCCUAAACUUCCACAAACUGGUGUAUUUUCUGUCGAUGCCCUGCUCAACAAAAGUCAGCAGAGAUCAGAGCAUGGUUUAUGGCAAUGGCGUGAUGACAGGGGGGUCUGGCACUCUUAUUCCUGGAUUGACAGUAAAAUAAUUGAAGCAGCUUACCAUAGUGGUGAAGACGAGCUAAGCCUUGCUACCAUGGGACGCACAUAUACUAUUGACUUGAAUGCCAUGCAGCAGAUCAAUGAGGAUACAGGGACAACUAGACCAGUUCAAAGGUGCAAUGGAUCAGGAGAAUCCAGCUCAACUUUAUCAAGCAAAGCAGAAUCUGUCAAAGUAGACAGUAGAAUAGCUAUUCUACAAGAAGACAGCUUGCUGGAAGAUUCCUACACAUACAAGCUUUUUUCUUGUCUAUAUAGCAUAUUGAAUUCUUCUGUCAGUAUUGCUAUUAGGAAUAGAUGUGUUAAUGCCAUUCUAAGGAUGAUAUAUUAUGCACCGGCAGAACUACUGCAGGUUAUUCUUAAAAGACAUCCAAUAUCAAGUAUUAUUGGUGGAAUGCUGCAGUCACAUGACAUUAGGACACUUGUUAAUGCCCUGCAAUUGGCUGAGAUCUUGAUGCAAAAGUUACCUGAUGUAUUCCAUAUCUCGUUCCGCCGAGAAGGUGUCAUGCACAAGGCCAAGUCACUAGCAAGUGGUUCUGUCCUGGAAAACUCUUCAUCACAGGGGAAAGAAGUGAAGAGGUGUUCUGCAGCAGCUCCUGUUGUGGCUGGUGAACCUUACUCAACUCAUUGCACUCAUCCUAUACAAGUCUUUGAAAAACCACCAUCCCCACCUUCAAGGCUUGGUGAAGUGCUCAGAGGAAAACGGAGAUCCAAAAGAAACCCAAGGAGCAAAGAGAAAUGCCAGAGUGUAAUGGAACCAGACCUUAAGAAACAGACUGAAGUAACACAUCUGACCAAAUCAGUGAAUCUCCCUACUACCUCAUCUCUAUCACACCACAGCAAACCAUCUUUCUUCUCAUCACUGACAUCAGCAAGAUGGAAUGCUAAGGCAUCAACAUCAUCAUUGUUGUCGUCAUCAGAUGGAUUACCUAGGGUUGAUGUCAAUAGUUUGAACACCACACUUCAUGCUCUCAGUACAUCACGUAUGUCUGACAAUAAAGAAAAGAUACGAACGUGGAUCAAGGAGCAAGCCAUCAAGUUUUGUGCUACAUAUUUUGAUGAGGAACAAGGAAAGUCCCACCCUGGUUUAGAUGUGCUACAAAAACUCAGCAAUGCUAAAGAAAACCUUGCUACAAAUGUUAAAGACAAUACAGAAGUCUUGAAGGUUAUAAGAUGUGUUUUAUCUGACUCAGAAGAAGGAGCCAGUCCAUUUGAGAUUCUACACAGUGGUUUGGUACCACAGCUGUUAAGGUAUCUUACAUCACAGACAUCAGACUAUCAACAGCCUUUAGAAUCAAGAUUAAAAAGAUUCCUACAAGCAUUCAUGGAUUUACCUGAAAGUGGUGAUGUCACAGCUGUUCCUCUGAAUGAUCAGAAGAAACCACCUUUAGCAUCUCUUGUUGCUAAGUUACACUCUUGUGUCAACCAAGUAGAACAGUUUCCAGUUAAAGUACAUGAUGCACCAAGUGGUUCCAGUGGAGUGACUGGAUCAAGGGGAUCACAGGCCUUGAGGUUCUUCAGCACUCAUCAAAUAAAGUGUCAUCUUCAGCGGCAUCCAGACUGUAAGACCCUGAAGCAGUGGAAAGGAGGACCUGUCAAAAUAGAUCCUUUGGCAUUAGUGCAGGCUGUAGAACGGUAUCUUGUGGUAAGAGGAUAUGGAAAACUGAAGGAAGCUAUUGACGAUUUAGAUGGGAGUGAAGAUGAUGGAUCUGAUGAUGAAAUUGAUGAAUCUCUGGCUCUGGAACUUCAAGGAGAGAGUAUGCCAAGGCAUCAUCUAGAGAUAAUGAUUGGUGACAAAGUGCUUCCUUACAACAUGACAGUAUAUCAGGCCAUCAAACAAUAUGGACAGACUGAUGAAGACAAAGAUACAGAAGAAGACCAAGGUGUCCUUGGAAGACCAAGCAUCUGGGUAGGACAGCAUACUAUUUGGUUCCGUCCAUUAACGCAUGGAAGUUAUUUGCCUAGUGGUAAUAACAGACUUAGAGGGGGAAGUGCUAGUAGAAGCUCCUCCAAGACUUCACUCAAGAGAUCUCUUAGAGAUGACUUAGAUAAAGGACCAUCAUCGAUCAGCCAAGUACUCAGACACUGUUUGCCAUCAGAUUUAGGAAUAUCAGACCCUUCAAUAGAAGUCUUAUGUUUAAUGAGAGCACUUCAUGUACUGAACAACAACUGGCAGCUGCUGUUUGAGAGUAAUGAAAACAACCCACUGAUUUCCAAUGCUGACUUCAUCAACUCCAAACUCUCAGCUAAAAUUCUUAGACAGUUGCAAGAUCCUAUUGCCGUGAUGACUGGUAACUACCCUUCAUGGAUCGAAGAUCUUCCCAAGAAAUGUCCUUUCUUGUUCCCCUUUGAAUGUCGGCAACAGCUAUUUUUCAGUACAGCUUUCGAUAGAGAAAGAGCCAUGAGUAAACUACAGGAAAGUAUCCCUGAUUUGAUUAACACUGAGAUGUCUGAUCGUGUAGCUCCACGCCUUGACAGGAAAAAGCACACGGUAUCCAGGAAAGAAUUACUUAUCCAGGCAGAGAAAAUUAUCCAAGACCUGGGAAGCUCACAAUCCAUACUGGAAAUACAAUAUGAGGGAGAAGUCGGUACAGGUCUUGGUCCCACCCUAGAGUUCUACACUCUAGUAUCAAAAGAGUUCCAGAAAUCAAGUAUGGAAAUGUGGCGUGGGUCUGAUAUAGCACCUCCUCCUACUGAAGAUGCUGAGGAAGGUGUGACCUAUGUACAUUCACCUUGCGGACUCUUCCCAGCUCCCAUUCCAAAGAAUACAAAAGCUGCUGCCCUGACCAAGCUACGCACCAAGUUCCGGUUCCUCGGACGAUUCCUAGGUCGAGCAGUUUUAGACUUCCGUAUGAUCGACAUCCCCCUGAGUGAAACAUUCUAUAAAUGGAUGCUAGGGUUAGAAAAUUCCUUCGACUACAGAGACCUACAGUACGUUGAUCCUACACUAGCAAAGUCCAUGGGACAGCUGCAAGCUCUGGUCAGGCAGAAAAAACGCUUAGAGGAAGACACGGGUCUCACAACUGAAAGCCUACAGCUGGCUAUUGAGAACUUGACACUGGAUGGAGCAAGUGUAGAAGACCUGGGAUUGGAUUUCAUCUUGCCUGGGUAUCCUAAUAUUGAACUCAAGAAAAAUGGUCGCAAUAUUCCAGUAACUAUUCACAACCUAGAGGAGUACAUCAAGUUGGUUGUUCAAUGGACGUUUGUUGAAGGAGUCGAGAGGCAGUUCCAAGCUUUCCAAGAGGGAUUUGAUUCUGUGUUCUCACUGGCAAAUCUCAAUGGAUUUUCUCCACACGAGAUGGAUUUGCUUCUUUGUGGUAGUGGAGGAGAAAAUUGGGACACCAAACAUCUUGUCGACUGUUGCAGACCCGAUCAUGGCUAUAAUCAUGACAGUCGUGCGAUCAAGAAUUUGUUUGAGAUUCUGAGCUCAUAUGAUCAAAACCAACAGCGAUUAUUCCUUCAGUUUGUCACCGGAAGCCCAAGACUCCCUGUAGGAGGGUUCCGUAGUCUCAACCCUCCUUUAACCAUUGUGAGGAAGACAUUUGAACCUCCACUAAGCGCAGACAAUUACUUACCAUCUGUUAUGACAUGUGUCAACUACCUCAAGCUCCCUGACUACUCUACCAAGGAAAUCAUGGAAGAUAAACUUAAAGUAGCAGCUCAAGAAGGGCAGCGCUCUUUCCAUCUUUCUUAAGUCAUAAACAACUAGCGAUGUUCCCAACAGCCUUAUACCUAGAGGGAAAACUUGAUGUGUUGGCUGACGGCAAAUAUGGAAGCUGUCUUUUCCUCUUGCUACACGGAUUGUGGUAUGCACGAAGAGUACAGCCAAGCUUCCCUGUAUGUCUAAAUAAUUUUACCAUGGAGAUGACAGCAAGAAUGCUUAUUUCUGAACUAAGUUAAAAAAAUUCAUGACAAAGAGACUUAAGCCAAAAUUUGCUUUAUUCCUGUACAAGUAUUUUGCAAUUUAUCAGUUACUUGCUGUUAUGACAAGGCUACUCAUUGUUGGAAGGUGUUCCAGUAACCUUGACUUGGUCAAUUGUAUUACAUGACAGUGUACCUCAAUGUGCUUUAGGUUACCGUUGAUAUAAAAAUAAUUAUAUAUGAUAGGAAUUAAUAUCAAGUCUGUUGCAGGGUUCAAGUUCAAGUCAGUAGUGUCGUAAAAUGGGAUCUUAUUGUACAGAAAAAAAAACAAGUAUUGCUGUUAAAAAUAUAACGAGUGCAAGUAGAGAUGCUUAAUUGGUGAAAUAAAAAUGUUCGCUUU